AUGAAGAAUGGAAACGAAGCCAUCCGACAAAAGACCCAACAAAAAGAUCCGGACGUGCGAAAGGGAACUGCUCUCGGAGAACAACAAUCAUUAAAAUUGGCUAGGAAGGAAAGAACGGACGUGCGAAGGCCAGACAAGAAGCAAAGCAGUAGUGAAGAAAAGCAAAGGAACAUCCCAGCGACUCCCACUAUACCACAAAAAAGAGAAGAAAGAAAAGAAGUUGUACAAGUUGUAAGAGAAAGCAUACAUGAAAAGGAAGUUUCUCCCAAGAUGAAAAAGGAAAACACAGGAACACUGCGCAACGCCAGCAACAGAUGA